AUGGAAGAAAGAAGUAGACGUGUUGCAUUCACAGAACACUCUAUGGAGCACAUGCUGGCACCAGCGCACAUGCUGGCACCAGCGCACAUGCUGGCGCCUGCUCCUGCUGCGGUUCCCCUAGGCAUGCAACACCCGCAUCGAUGGCAUCAUCACUGGAAUUUUGUGCACAAGGAAGACAACGUCGCUAAUCCGCUGUUCAACAUGGCAGCAGAGCGGGGCAAUGGGAGCAUGUCUUGCUGGGUAGACUCACUCUCCUCAUGCUCUUCAUCCCUCUCCUGCACCAGCACAUCCACGGGAUCAAUCCACCGCACAGAGAACGCUGCUGUCUUCCAGUCCAACGGCAAUGCAGGAGCGCAUUUCGAGCCCCUUCACUCCACCAAGAUGGAGUGGGUAUGGCCUCCUGUUGGAUGGUCCGAGAUGGACAGGAAGCGGGCAGCUCGCGUCCCCGGCGUCGGGAAGACGCUGCUGAACCUCGAGCAGUACGAAAGCCCUCCCCCCGAGGACAAGGAUGGGCUGGAUGACGACUCUGAGCUGACUAUGGGGCCAGGGGAUCCCUACAAGAUGAAGAGGAGGAGGGUUUGA